AUGGCACAGCGGUUAUCCUUAGAGUGCAGCGUGUGUGGGUCCACCGAUGCUUCUGGCGUUCUGUGUGGGGGCGGGCUGUGCGCCCCUGUUGCCUCCGCCCCUGCUGCCUCCUCCACCCCCAACACGGACGCCCAGCCGCUACUGCCACUGACCUGCCUGGGAGUGCCCAUGGAUGCUGCCAUGGGGUUGGCGCUGCUGAGUGUGAAGGCAUCGCUGGGUGUCACGUUCACGGAUUGGAAUGUGGAUGCGCCGUGUGGACUGGCAGGGCAGGCUAUGGUGCCGGGCUCGUGGUCGAGCAUUGUGUGUGACGCCACCGGCAAGGUUCUCACCCUGUGA